CGCACGGCCUGCAGCACCUGGAGCAGCUUCGGGGCUGGUGAGCUCCAGGACUACCAUGAUGUCCCAAGUCAGUGACCAUAUGUUGCUGUUCGACCUUCGCUUCCUGGAGAACAGCAGCUUUCCCUACGACUACUCUGAAAAUGGAACCGAGUCCACCGGCUGCUGUUCCUCUCCACCCUGCAGCCAUGACUUCAGCCUGACCUUUGACCUGGCCUUUUUGCCCACCCUCUACAGCCUUCUCUUCUUCUUUGGCCUGUUGGGCAAUGGAGCUGUGGCACUUGUCCUUUUGAGGCAGCACCGGGCCCUGAGUGGUACCGACACCUUCCUACUCCAUCUGGCUCUGGCUGACAUGCUGCUGGUGCUGACCCUCCCACUCUGGGCUGUGGAGGCUGCUCAGGAGUGGGUCUUUGGCUCAGGCCUCUGCAAGGUGGCAGGGGCCCUCUUCAAGAUCAAUUUCUAUGCAGGGGCCUUCUUACUGGCCUGUAUCAGCUUUGACCGCUACCUGAACAUUGUACAUGCCACCCAGCUUUACCGGCGGGGCCCAGGGACACGCGUGACCCUCACUUGUGUCAUCGUCUGGGGACUCUGCCUGCUACUGGCCUUUCCAGACCUGCUCUUCCUGUCAGCCCAGCACGAACCUCGCCUCAACGCCACACGUUGCCUUUAUACCUUCCCCCAGACUGGCCACACAGCCUUGAAUAUCCUGCAGCUCCUAGCUGGCUUCCUCUUACCACUGCUCAUUAUGGCCUACUGUUACACUCACAUUCUCCUAGUGCUGCUGCGCUCUCGGGGGCAGCGAAGACUUCGGGCCAUGAGGGUAGUGGUAACUGUGGUAGUGGCCUUUGCCCUCUGCUGGACACCCUACCACCUGGCCAUGCUGGUGGAUAUACUGAUUGAUCUGAAUGCGGUGAGCCGAGACUGUGAGUGGGAGAGCCGGCUGGAUGUGGCCAAGUCCAUCACUUCAGGCCUCGGCUUUGUGCACUGCUGCCUCAACCCCCUGCUUUAUGCUUUCGUGGGUGUCAAGUUCCGAGGCCAGAUGCGGACACUGCUGGGGAGGCUGGGCUGCCCAGGCCAGGAGGCCCUCCUGCGGCCAACUCCCUCAUCUUCCCGGCGAGAUUCCUCCUGGUCAGAAACCACAGAAGCCUCAUACUCAGGACUGUAAAGAGGCAGGCCUCAACCUUCACUUGCCCACCCCUCCCUCCAAUUCUCCACAGAUGCCAGCCUUGGCAGUGCUUCUUUACCUGGGAUCCAUGAACUUGGAUAAGAAAAAAAGCCAUCUUUCUUUUCACUAACCUCGAACUGAAAUUUAGCAUUUCCUUCGAUUAUGAACAAAGGCAUGAAGGCACUAAGCCAUUACUCUGAGGAGGUUUUUUGGCUCAGCCUGUCAAAGGGCUUCGUGAUGCCAAGUGCAGAAGCCCUGGACUACAGGGCCCAAAGCAGCAGCCCAGCUUUGAGUGAGGGCUCAGAGAGAAAGACACUGGUCUUGUGUAGGCGAGGCCGGAGCUGGCCUAGGUCUGUGGUCACUCAAGCUUCAGGAGGUGAAGGGAGGACAAAGCACAGAGCUAGGCCACCUACCCAAAGCAAAACAAGUAAGAAGGGUUGCAGUCAUCUGGGGCCCUGGAGUUGUCCCCCGAAGGGGGAGGGGGGAGAAAUUCCAGAAGAAUCUGGGUGGAACCCUGGGGAGCACCG